AUGACAAACGCCACCCCAGUCACUGCUGAAAACACUUUCUCGUUAGCUGGUAAGCAGCUUAAGCUUGACACAGCCAAAAGUAUCGAAUCUUACUUGGGCGACUUGGCCGCUCAGAAGAAUGUGGUGAAGAUCGAUUUCAGUGGAAACACCAUUGGUAUCGACGCCUCUGAGGCAUUGGCCAAGGCCAUUUUGAAGCAUAGCGAGACUAUCGAGGAGAUUAACUUCUCUGACUUGUACACUGGAAGAUUGAACACCGAGAUUCCUCAGUCCUUGGAUCACUUGUUGAAUGCUUUGUUGGAGUGUCCAAACUUGACCACCAUCAACUUGAGUGACAAUGCAUUCGGUUUGCAAGCUAUUGAGCCUAUUGAGGCCUGGUUGGCCAAGGCCGUGUCUGUUGAGCACUUGAUUUUGUCCAACAACGGUAUGGGUCCUUUCGCUGGUGCCAGAAUCGGUAAGUCCUUGUUCAAGUUGGCUCAGGCCAAGAAGACCAAGGGUAGAAACUCCUUGAAGACUUUUGUCUGCGGUAGAAACCGUUUGGAGAAUGGUUCUAUUAACUACUUGGCUAUCGGUUUGAGAGCUCACAAGGAUUUGGAGGCCGUCAGAUUGUACCAGAACGGUAUCAGACCUGCUGGUAUCUCCAAAUUGCUCUUGCAAGGCUUGUCUCACAACUCCAAGUUGAAGGUUCUUGAUUUGCAAGAUAACACAAUCACCACAUCUGCUGCUGUCGGUUUGGCAACUGCUCUUAAGUCAUGGCCAGAAUUGGUCGAGUUGAACUUGAAUGACUGUUUGUUGAAGCCAAAGGGAUCUCUCUUGUUGGUUGACAGACUUCAUGAGGGUGACAAGAGACCUUCUUUUGAGAAGUUGAAGUUGCAGUACAACGAGUUGGAGGUUGAUGCAUUGGAGAAGCUCGUGAAGGUGGUCGACGAGAAGUUGCCAAACUUGAAGUUGUUGGAGUUGAACGGUAACAGAUUUGAAGAGGAGUCCGAGCUUGUCGAUGCUAUCACGGCGAUCUUCGAGAAGAGAGGCUCAGGUGAGCUUGAUGAAUUGGAUGACUUGGAGGAGCCUGAUAGCGAGGAGGAAGAUGACGAUGAUGAGGAAGAUCCAGUUGCCAAUGAAGACGACGAUGCAGAUUUGAACCAACUCGAAAAGGAGUUGGCUGGUGUCAGCGUCGAGGAUGCCGACAAAAAUGUCGAUGAUCUUGCCGACGAGUUGGCUUCUACGCAUAUUAGAAAUUAA